AAACAGAAAAAGCCCUAAGGAGAAGAUGAGCAAUAUUCCAGUUGUACUGGUGCUACCUUAUCCUGCACAAGGACAUGUGAACCCUUUGAUGAUCCUGUCACAAAAGUUGGUCAAAAAUGGUUGCAAAGUGGUUUUCGUGAACACAGAAUUCGACCACAAGCGAGUGGUGAGUUCCUUUGGAGACCAAGAACAUAGUAGGAAGCAUGAGGAAGAAUCGGUGAUGAAGUUGGUUUCAGUCCCUGAUGGGUUAGGAGCUGAUGAUGAUAGAAACGAUUUUGGCAAGCUGUGUGAUGCUCUGCAGAACUCGAUGCCAAAAGAACUUGAGAAACUGAUACAUAAUAUGCAUUUGAAAGGUGAGAACAAAAUCAGCUUCAUUGUUGCAGAUUUGUUCAUGGCUUGGGCGUUGGAUGUUGGGAAAAAAUUUGGAAUGAAAGGAGCAAUAGUGGGCCCUGCAUCAGCUACAACGUUUGCCCUAACGUACAGUAUUCCCUCUCUUAUUCAUGAUGGGACCUUAGACUCCGAUGGCUCAUCAAACAACCUUUUUAGGUUUCUUCAGGAUUGGGCCCGAACUGUUCGGCAGAUUCCCACGCAUUACGCACCCGUUCGCCACUUUGUUUUCAACUGUUCCCACUUCCUGGGCGAGACAAGCAACCUUCACGCUAGGAGCCUCUUUUCCUUCUGCCCAGCUCCCCGAAAACAACGUUCGACUUGCACAAGUUUAAGAUUAACAACAAAAGAGACAAUUCAAAUAUCAUCAAGUAUGGCUGAGAUGAACAUAGGAGACUUCUUUUGGUUAAACAUAGGAGACAUAAUAAGUAGUAAGAUGAUAUUUCAGUAUCUAAUACACUGUUGUCAAAGUUUAAAUUUGGCAGAAUGGUGGCUCUGCAACACUACACAUGAACUUGAACCUGGUGCACUAUCAUUUGUUCCUAAGAUCCUACCAAUUGGUCCAUUAUUAAGAAGUUAUGACAGUAAAAUUGGUACCACAAAAGCAAUUGGACAAUAUUGGGAAGAAGAUCUCUCUUGCAUAAAUUGGCUUGAUGAACAACAUCAUGGUACUGUUUUGUAUGUUGCAUUUGGUAGUAUCACUCUUUUUGAUCAAAACCAAUUCAAUGAACUUGCUCUUGGGUUAGUCCUCACCAAUAGACCUUUUCUUUGGGUUAUAAGAGAAGGCAAUAAAAUGGAAUACCCUACAGAAUUCAAAGGGCACAAAGGUAAGAUAGUUAGUUGGGCUCCUCAACAAAAGGUUCUAAGCCACCCUGCCAUAGCCUGUUUUGUCACUCACUGUGGUUGGAAUUCUACCAUGGAAGGUUUGUCCAAUGGAGUACCUUUCUUGUGUUGGCCAUAUUUUGCAGAACAAAUUCAGAACGGAAGAUACAUUUGUGAUGAGUUGAAGGUUGGGUUAGGAUUUGACAAAGAUAAAAAUGGAGUUGUGUCAUGCGAGGAAUUAAAAUUGAAAGUGGAACAACUCCUCAGUGAUGAGAACGUGAAAUCGAGGUCUUUUGAGUUGAAGGAGAAACUUAUGAACAACAUAGUCAAAGGAGGUGAAUCAUGGGAGAACCUUAAUAGGUUUGUCAAGUGGCUUAAAGAGUAGGAAUUGACAUUUAAAUAUAAUUUUAUGCAUUUAUAUGUAUUAAAUUAUUGGGUCACAACAGCACAAUGUUAG